AUGAGGGCACAAAGUCAUACGAUCAAAUCAUCAACCCCUCUUAGGAGAAUCCCCAAGAACAGAGGAACCGUUGUACGAAAUGUCAGCGAAAUAAAUCCAAUGUCGCAACAGGAAUUAAAAAAUGUCAUACAUGUGUACUCGGAAGCGAAUAGAGCUUAUUACCUAAAUCGUGUAAAGAAUGAAGGAAACCCGAAGAAGAAAAAAAAGAAAAACGUUUCCAAAAAGACGGAAAGUGAAGAAUUUGAUACACAUAACCUCAACCCCUUGAACUACCGGAAUGAAAAAUUUGAAGAGAAUGGGGCUCUUCUACAUUUGCCAGGAUGCAAUGUUACUCCGAAUUAUAUGUCCCAAAAUCCAAGCGCAGACUAUGGAGUGUCGUCCCUGGCAUAUGGGACACUUCACAAAUCGAAUCCGCUAUCAUGGGGAUGCGAUUACCAGAAGCAUUACGAACUUCCAACUAUUUGUUCAAUUGUAAAGUCAAAGCAUCCCAUUUAUUUAAGACCUCAAAAUGCGAAAACAGGAAGAAAGAACAGUAACAUUAGUCUUAAAAAUAAAAGUAAGAAGAAAAAUGGCAUCAAAAAAUUUGGAGAAGGUUGCCAAUAUGAUACGUCCUUCACGGUUAAAAAGGUACCCACGUUUGGAAACAGCAAAGAAGACGAGAUCGGAAACAUCCUGCACGAUAAGCAUAAAAGCAGUGCGCAUGGAUUAGCGAAAGACAUCGUCGUAGAUACUACUAUGAAAGAUAGCAGCUGCUCGGACAAAUUGAAAGAUAUUUCAGACGGCACUUGCAAUUAUCACUGUUCUUCUAACGAAUCGGAAGGAAGUAGCGUAAAGAAUUCUAACUUAGGAGGAUUAAAAAAUGUUCUGGAAGCGCGCGAACAUAACCCUAAUUUUACCCUCAAAAGGGAGGAUUACAACGAGGAGAAAAAAAAUGGUGAAUCCAUUAUUCAACACAAGGAGAGAAACAAGAAUAAACAUAACGGUUUAAAUUUUAUAAACCCUAGAAGAAUAAACGAGAUGGUAAAUAUGGAAUCAAGUAAUUCUGUAGACAUAAUUUUAUCAAACUCGACCAUAUUGGAAGUGAGAACUUCAGACACAGAGUCAAAGGGUACUUACUGCUCGAGUGAAAAACGCAGCAAAGGUUAUUCUGACAGUUUGAACGAUUCACACAUUUUUACAGAUAAAAAUGUCAAAUCAGAUUACAAUGAUUCGCAUGACUAUUCAACCCCGCACAUGGGAAUCAGGCGGGCGGAUAACUACAAGGACAGGGAAAAGGGCAAACACAAGAUGACGGGCCAUUCAAUGACUAAAGGGCUCAAACGUAAUGGCAAAUUAAAUAAGGCUAGCGAAUUAUCACCAUGUAAAGAAAGCAAUUAUGACCUUUAUUCGAAAGUAGCAGAAAGGAACAAAAAGCAGGGAAAGGUGUUAACCAAAUGUAAGGUGCCUAACCGGGGGGAAAAACACAACAAGAACGGUUGCGCAGAUGUAAUGUGGGAAAACAAGAACAACAAAAAAUCUAAGCAAAGCAGAAAACAUAGAAAUAACGACUCUUCAAAAAAUGGUUUGGACCAAGAAACAAAUUUGCUUGAUGAAAAUUGCUCAAGUAGAGGGAAAAAAAAAGGAAUGACAAGAGGAUUGAAACACGGCAAACAUAUGAGGAAGAACAGCCGACAGAGUAGUAGCCGCGUAAAGAAUAAGAAGUCUCUAAGCAUGAGAAUGAUUCAGGCGUUAGGAUGUCAAACUGGUGAUUCUGCAGGUAUACACAACAUGGUUGCAUCUAAGCCAACUAUUAAAGAAACCUCGAGUGUAGAACGAUACGAUUGCGUCGAUAUGAAGAAUACACCUAAUGAGAAUUUUGGUGCAAGAAAAGAGACUGUCAAUCUUUUGUCUAGGAGCAUUCCCCAAGGGGGAAAUCUAACAAAUGUGGAAAAGGAAGCAUACGCUAAGGGAGGACCAGUUUAUGAAUAUGCCGUACGAGCUGAUACAAUGCCAAGGACACCAUUGGUUACUUAUAACAUGCACGAGAAUGUACCACGGGGAGGAAUGAAAAAUCUACCUCAAAAUGUUUUUGCUGAAGUUCGACCCGAGAUGUGUAAUUUUAAUUUGAGCGUACCGGAAUAUACUACAAGGAGGUAUCAGUCGGCAUCCGUUUUACCAAAAUUUUCAGCGCCUUCAGGUCCAGAGGGGAAUACGUCAAUGGUGCAUAGUCAUUUCCCUCGCGCAAAUCCGCAGGUGAUUCACGUGCCGCUAAAUCUGUCUCAAGGGAGAUUGCACGUUCAGGGGGUAGCAGCUCAGACGGAGAUUCCAAUUUUGCAAGCGCAUGUGCCCCUUACGGCGACGGUAGCACCCUACGGACAAGCCGAAUUUGCAUUGAAGCAUGACUCCCUUCCGCAGGCACAUCCUUUACAGAGUCAACCGCAGGGAAAAGUAGCACAGAUGCAGCAAUUGCCAUUUAUAGAAAAACCGAUUGUUCUUGAACAAAUUCCGCAAACGAGUGUAGUUUCAAGUGGAGGGCUCACCACCGCUGACAAGUUUUGCAACCUUACCGAGUUAACAAACCAGUUAAUAUCUCAUAAGGGGGAAAAUAGUGGAGUGUAUCCUACUGCUAAUAGCUUUUCUAAGCUGUUUAAUCAGAACUGCAAUAGAUCUCACAGUAUAAUAGAAAACAUCUCGGAUGAUUUGUCAAUGAAACGGUCCGCAGACGGCAUUUUCACCAAUACGCUAAUAAAGGGAAGUGGUAAUAUGGAUGGUAGAUAUACAAUAAAUAGUAGUUCAAACAAGCAUAUAGAUCAGCUUAAAGGCCCUGAUGCGAAUGUGACAUUUUCAAAGGGAGAAAGUGGAAUACCUUCAUGGGUAAAAGCAUAUGUAGACACACAAACUACCAGCCUGAAAGGUGAAGAGGAAAACUUGAACUACCUAAAUGUAUACACAAAUAAGAUGAAUGAAAAGACAAACACUAAUGUUAACAGUUCGUCGAUAGGAAUUCUUCAGUGUCUUUCAAAUAUAGAAUCAUCCAGCAAAGAUAUGUACCACCAACCUCAUACUUCUGAACAUGUGGCAUAUAAAAAAAGUGCUAAUCUGCAGGAUAUGUCUCAUUUAAUUAAGAAUUCAAAUGAGAAAUUGAUAAACUUGCAAAAAAAACAAUUGUUAGACAUUUUACAGGAAAAGGAAGACGACGUAUUGAGGAAGACCAUGCACACAGUAGACAGUAGCCACAACACCAAUGGAGACUUAAAUGUUCAAUCCAUAAAUCAGGUGAGUGGGAAAAAAUAUCAGAACUUGUUAGGUAGUACAGUUCAGUACUUUUCCUAUGCAAAUCCCGCAGGAGCUACGGAAAACUCUGCAGGUGAAAAAGAGGGGGUAAUUUUUUCCGCUAUGCCCCAAGAAAUAAGGAGCAACAACAAUCCGACGCAAAAUCCCUCCCAAUUACCUGGCCAUUUAAACUGA